AUGGGCGGCCCAGGCUCAGGAGGAUACAAAAACAAGCCAGGUGAUACUGAAACUCACUCAGCAUGGGACAUCAUCCCUCAAGACCCGGAGGGCACGCAGAAGCUGGCGCAGGUACGAUGCAAGUACUGCAGCCGAGAGAUGGCCCAGCACACCUCUCGCCAACGUGUCCACCUUCUCAAUUGCAAAAACUACCUUGACGCGAUGAAAGAGCAAGGCAUCGAGAACAGCAUUACCCGCCAAGCCGCCGAUCCUCAAGCAUUCUUUAGAAACGCGGAAUGGGCGCAAAAGCCCUCUGAGGUGAAGGCCCCAAAGGUUUUCAAAAUGGGCGAUCAUACCACCGCUGUGCGCAUUCAGGCAUUGGCACUGGCAGAGGCAAGCAUUUCGUACGACCGAAUCCAGGAAAUCACCGGCAUGGACCCGAAGGUGAUGGCUGGCCUUCGACGACUUGCGCGCGAACGCGGCUACGAUCCAGCUGUCUCCAUGCAGCUCAAAGAAGAAUACGUCCUUGAUCCGCCCAACCCUCUCCGCCCUCGUGGUCGACCACCCAAGAAGAGAAAGGCUGAUGACGAGGUUGAUCCUGCCUUGACAAACAUGCAGGAGGGUUCUCAGCCUCAAAGUCCAAACUACAAUACUCCAACUCCCACCAACACCCGUAGCAAUCUGCCUCCCGGACAGUGGGAUUUCAUCGCUCCUACACCACCACCCAGUGGCUACACUAUGACCUAG